AUGAAAGUCGUAUUGUUUAUGAUAUUUGCCAUUCAAUGUACCGUGGUUUAUGGGGCUCGGAUACUAGUGAUUGAAUCAUGCGGCAGUUAUAGUCAUUGGCAGUACAUGAAGUCGAUAGUAGACGUGUUGACCAAACGUCACCACGUGACUGCUAUCACUCCAAUACUGUCCGGAGACCAGCAAAACUAUACCGAAAUUGAUGCAACCAGCGUUUUUCCAGUGUAUGGGGAAAGGGACACUAUGGAUUUGAUCGAAAGUUACAGCUCAGUGUUCCACAUGGUACCGUUGUACCCGAAAAAUAGUUUUGAGCGUAGUAUAUGCGACUCGUUUUAUGCGUUCGAACCGGUCAAACGCAUAUUGAAGGCUAACGAUGGUAGCGCCAAGGCCAAUAGAUUUGACAUGAUUGUAAUGGAACCUUUCUAUUCUUCAUGUCUUUCUUACUUGGCCUACCGGUUGCGAAUACCGGAAGUCCACGUCUACCCUUCAUCUUUGAGUACGUCAUUGGAGUUGAUGGUAGAGCCAAAUUCAAAUUACGUGUUCAAUCCACUGCUUAAGGGUUUAAACCUUCACAGGUAUAUUCCCAUUCAAUUGCAAUAUUUUUACGCCAAAUUCGUACCGUUGCUUACCGAAAUUAGAAUGAAGUACAAAAAACCCAGACGGUAUGACGUGGUAGGCCUCAAUCAUAAACCAUCCGGAGUACUGAGCAAUAUGCUUAAUAUUGUCGACACUCCGCGACGUUCUAUUGAGAACAUGGAACGAAUUGGAGGUAUUCACCUCAAACCACCGAAUGCGUUGCCAGACGAUGUAUUACAAUUUAUUGAAGAUUCACCACACGGUGUAAUAUACAUUUCGUUUGGGUCCAUUUCUUCGAUGUCAAAUCUACCAGAUAACAUACAACAGGCAUUCGUUGGAAUGUUUGAAAAAGUUCCUCAAAGAAUACUGUGGAAGUAUAAUGGUAAAACUAUCUACUUACCUAAAAACGUUAUGACGAAAAAAUGGCUUCCACAACGAGAUAUUCUUCUUCACCCCAAUGUCAAGUUAUUUAUUAGCCACGGAGGAAUAUCUGGAAUUUAUGAAGCAAUUGACGCUGGAGUCCCAAUUCUAGGAUUUCCUCUUUUUUAUGACCAACCAAGAAAUAUGGGUUUCCUUGUACAACAUGGAAUUGCACUUUCAAUGGACAUAUUAACAGUAAACAAAGAAUCAUUAUUGAAAAACGUUCAGGAGCUCCUUUACAAUGAAAAGUAUGAUCAAUAUGUAUAA